AUGAGCUAUGUGCGCCUAUUUCGCGACCUCUCGAAAACCGAGUACGCCGCCCUCGUCGUCGGUACAGUCGCCGCCAUCGCAGCGGGUGUGCCGCUGCCCAUUAUCGGCGUCUUGUUCGGCAAGAUGGUCAAUGGGUUCAACGAGCAGGCAUGUGUCGCGCACACCCUCGCGCCGCCGGACCCCGCGCAACAGGCCGAGUUCCUGCAGGACGUGCAGGACCAUGUCGUGCAGAUCAUUAUCGUGGCCGCCGUCAACUUUGCACUCAUCUGGAUCUACACGAGCUGCUGGUCGUUCCUCGGUGAACGCAUCGUGCGCCGCCUGCGCGAGCGGUACGUGCGGGCGCUCUUGUCGCAGGACAUGAGCUACUUUGACAUGCUGCCUCCCGGCGAGAUCAGUACGCGUCUCGGCGAGAACCUAAUUACCGUGCAGAACGGCACGAGUGAAAAGGUCGGCAUCCUCCUGUCCUCCAUCGCGUACUUUCUCGCGAGCUACAUUACCGCCUUCGUUUUGCUCCCUGUGCUCGCCGCGCAGCUCCUCUCGCUCGUGCCUGCGUUCCUGAUCGUAUCGUUGGUCGGCGCUCACUUUGUCUCGCGCUACACGAAGCGCAUGUCGACGCACAUGGGCGAUGCAUCCAGCAUCGCAACCGAGGCCCUGCAGAACUUGCCCGUCGUCCAGGCGUUCCAGGCGCAGGCACCGCUCGGCCAGUUGUUCCAUGCGCAUCUGGGUCUUGUGCGCCGCAGUGGCAUGUACCGCGCUCUGUCCGCCGCCACCAUGCUCGGCUGCCUCUUCUUUGUCGCUUAUUCCGCCAAUGCGCUCGCCUUUCACUCGGGCAGCCGCAUGGUCUCGGAUCACAUGCGCACCGACGGCGACGACGCCUCCAGCACUGUGGGCAACGUGUACACGGUCAUUUUUCUUCUCCUGGAUGCCUCAUUCGUCGUGGGGCAAAUCUCGCCGUACCUCCAGACAUUCUCAGCGGCUGGCGGCGCCGGCGCGCAGCUCCUGCACACCAUCCAGCUGCCCGCUCAUAUCGACGCCCUUUCCGAAGAGGGCAUCGUGCCGCCGCAAAGCGAUGGCCCGCUCGGCUUCCGCUUUAACGACGUUUGCCUCGCGUAUCCUGCGCGCCCGGAGGCCCCAGUCCUCCGCCACCUUACGCUCGAUAUCGAGCCGGGGCAGCGCAUCGGUAUCUGCGGGUUCAGUGGUAGUGGCAAGAGCACCAUUGUAUCGCUGCUGCACCGCUUUUACGAGCCCACCAACGGCACCAUCACGCUGGAUGAUGGCACGCCUAUCCAUUCGCUCCGAGUCAGCUGGCUGCGCUCCCAGAUGAGCCUCGUUGGCCAGGAGCCCGUCCUGUUCAACUGCACUGUCUUGGAGAGCAUUGCGCACGGCCUGCUAGGCAGUCCUGCGAUGGCACACCUCUUUGAUGUGAUUCGCUGGCUCGAGCAGUACGCAUUUGACCAUCCCAGCUUGCCAACAGACUGGGCGGACCAGUGCCCUGCGCACCUGCGCGCAGCGCUGGACGAGGUGAUCGAGCGCUGCGAGGAGGCAGCGCGACUCUCGUUUGCGCACGACUUUAUUCUCCGGCUUCCCCAGGGGUAUGUGACGCGCGUCGGCGAUGGCGGUCGCUCGCUGAGCGGCGGCCAAAAGCAGCGCAUUGCACUGGCGCGUGCCGUAAUCAAGAAGCCUCGUGUGCUCGUGCUGGACGAGGCGACCGCUGCCCUCGACUCGCAGAGCGAGAUGGCCGUGCAGGCUGCGUUCGAUCGCGUGUCGGCGAACCGCACGACCGUUGCCAUUGCGCACCGACUCUCGACGAUCCGCGACUAUGACAAGAUUGUCGUUAUGGCGCAUGGGGAGGUGCUAGAGUACGGUACGCACACCGAGCUGCUCCGCCGUCAAGGGCACUAUGCGGCCCUGGUGCGCGCGCAAUCGGAGCACGAGCCUGCGGAGGCAGAUCUGGACACGGAGAGUGCGUCCUCCGACAAGGACAUGGACGCAGCCAGCCCGCCUGAGUAUGAUGCCGAGGUGCUGCAAGGACGCCUGCCUAUGCCGCUGCCGGCGCAGCCCGUCGUGCCGCCCCCGAAUCUGGGUGUGUCAGGGCCUACGGAGGAGCCCACGAAGGCACCCACCAUGUCCUGCACACGUGCACUCGGUCGCCUCCUGUCGAUGGCGCUCGGGCCUUGGCCGUACGCGCUGCUGGGCGUGUGUGCGUCUGCCGUGAUUGGUGGGGCCUUCUCCGGCGAAGCUGUGCUUUUUGGCCAUGUGAUCGAGGCGCUGAAUCCUUGCAAGCCACCUGAGCAAGUGGAGUCGCGCUCGGAUCGGUUCGCCCUGUUCUUCUUUGUGCUGGCGCUGAUUGAGCUGGUGGCGUACUUUCUCAGUGGAGCAUCAUUCGGGUUCGUGUCGGAAUGGCUCCUGAUACAGCUCCGGCAGCGCGUGUUCUCGGUACUGGUUACGCGCCCCUUGGCCUGGUACGAAAAAGAAAACAUUGCGCCUGGCACCCUCAUGGCGAACUUGAGCACGGACACGAGUCACCUGGGCGGGCUGACAGGCACCGUGAUCGGUACCAUUGUGAGCAUUCUCGUCAAUCUCAUUGCAGGGAUUACCUUGGCGCAUAUCGUUGCAUGGCGCAUCGCCGUCGUGAUCCUCGCGAUGGUGCCUAUCCUUGUGGCAGCAGGCUACCUGCGCCUCAAAGUCAUUGCCGACUUUCAAAAGCGCCACGAGACAGCCUACGCACAGUCGACGGCCCUGGCUGUCGAGGCUGUCUCGUCCAUGCGCACGGUCGCCGCGCUGGGCCGCGAACAGGACGUUCUCCAGCUGUUUUCCUACAGCCUCGAGCGCUCGUACCGCGAAAGCUUGCGGCACCUGGUUGUGGGCAACAUGUUUUUGGCCAUCUCGCUCAGCAUCUCGUACUUUAUCUAUGGCUUUGCGUACUGGUGGGGCUCCAAGAACGUCGCCGAGCAGCGCUACAGCCAGGUGGCUUUUUUCACCGUGCUGCCAGCGCUGCUCUUCUCCGCCCAGUCAUCCGGCCAGCUGCUGGCCUUUGCGCCCGACUUUACCAAGGCGCAAGUCUCGGCCUCGAAUAUUUUUUCGCUACUGGAUCGCGCCGAGGCGCCCAAGCCCCGCGCGCGCCGCGCGCGCGCCGCCGCCGUGGACCUGGAAAAGGAGAAGGCGCCGCCACCGAUGGACCAGGGCCCGCUGCCCGUCACGUUCAGUGGCGUGCAGUUCACCUACUUGGGUCGUGACUCGCCUGCUCUUGAUGGCAUUGAUUUGGACAUUCCAGCCGGUGCGUUUGCAGCCUUUAUCGGCACCAGUGGGUCGGGCAAAAGCACGGCCAUGAGCCUGAUUGAAAACUUCUACGCGCCUUCGCACGGCACGGUGCGUGUCGGUGGACAUGCAACAACGUCCAUACCCGCCAGCACAUUGCGCAGCGCCAUGGCGAUUGUGCCACAGGAGGCAAUGCUGUUCUGCGGCUCGAUCGAGUUUAACGUGGCGCUCGGCCUAGACGAUCCGCUCUCUGUGCCGGCCGUGCGCGCACAGACGGACGAGAGGCAAAUGCAUGAAACAUCACACAGGCUGCCCGUCGACCCACGCAUCGUCGCAGCGUGCGAGGCAGCGCAUGUGCACGCCACGAUUGAGGCUCUGCCCGACCAGUACCAUACCGACGUUGGCACUGGCGGCUCUCAACUGAGCGGUGGCCAAAAACAGCGCGUGGCAAUUGCCCGCGCGCUCGUGCGGCAGCCGAAGCUGCUGCUUCUCGACGAGUCGACGUCUGCGAUGGACGCCGCUAGUGAGCAGGCGUUCCAAGAGACGCUUCGCCGGCUCCACCAAACUCGCACGUGUACUAUAAUUGCGAUUGCGCAUCGGAUGCGCACGAUCCGCACCGCCGAUAUCAUCUUCCUGUUCGAUCAUGGGCGGAUCCUGGCGCGCGGCACGCAUGCUGAGCUCAUGCAGUCCUGCCCACAGGUGCGUCGCACGUUCUCACUCCAGUAUCAAGCCAUGAUCUCGCAUCAGUCUUUGUAG